AUGUCGUUGUUGGAGCUGCUUAAAGCCACGUUCGUGUUCGUUGCUGUCACCUCCGCCCUAGAUAGAUUGAGCGUGUCUGCAGAAUCUGACAACAACGCUACCACCAGCACCAUGCGCUUUAAUCAGACGAGUGCAACGCUCGACUACCACGUGGUUAUGCUCGAUGCUGUGAACAAGGAGCGCAUUGCUCAUGGACUACCAAGCUUAUGCAGGAACAUCAAGCUGAGAAAUGCUGCGCUGUUACACGCCAAGGACAUGGCCACGAACGAUUUUGUGAAUCAUACAGGAUCAAAUGGCUCGAGCAUAAUAAUGCGAGCCGAAGCUCAGGGCUAUGAAUGGAAUUCCCUUGCGGAAAACAUUGCUGCUGGUCAGGCAUCUGUGGGCAGUGUGAUGAGGUCAUGGAUGAAUUCUCCGCCUCAUCUUGCCAAUGUCCUGAGCACCGCCAUCACGAUGUUCGAAGUCGGCUACUAUUUCGUGGCUAACAGUACGUACAAGCACUACUGGACUCAGUUUUUCGGAUCGAGUAGCAUUGAGAAGUGUAGUUCAGUCUAA